AAGCAUGACAAGUGAAAGAGAGAGCGAGAGGGCAGAAGGAGGGAGAAGAGGCUGAAGGAAAGAAUGAAAAAAGAAGCAGAAAGAACAUUUUAACCCUUAUUUUCCAGCUGUCAGUGUCUUUUCUGUCCAUGUUUUGGGACUUAAAGCUGAUGAUUUGGAUGACCGAAUAAUUUCACCUUGUGUUUCUGACAACAUGCUGCACGUGUCAUGAUGGAAAAAUUUUCCUGAGGAAGGUUUUUCCCUCUAAAUCUACACUCAUGCGGAUCUGGUUUUUCUCACCUGAAACAGGUAACCAUGAGGCAGGACAACGAUACUCGUCUUUCACCAUCUUACAUGAUAUCGUCCAAUGAAAGCAUUGACAGCAUCGUCCACAACACGCCCACCACUGCUAUCGGCGCUCUCAUCCUAACCCUCGUCUUUCUCUUGGGCGUCCCUGGGAACCUCUUCAUCAUCUGGAGCAUCCUAGCUCGUACUCGCAAGCAUUCCGUCACCACCCUGCUCAUCCUCAACUUAGCCAUCGCCGACGGCUCUCUGAUGGCUCUCACCCCGUUCUUCAUCACCUAUCUUGUGAUGAAGAGCUGGAUAUUUGGGAAUGUGAUGUGCAAGAUCCUCUUCUACCUCUGUCUGGCUAACAUGUACGCGUCCAUCCAGCUCAUCAUGCUAAUGAGCCUCUACAGGCUGGUGGCGGUGCGGUGGCCACAGCGCGUCACUGCCUUCACUCGUCGUAAAACUGUUAUGCGUGUGUUGGUGGUGGUGUGGGUGCUGGUGAUGGUGGUGUCAGCACCCGCCGUCAUCUUCAGGGAAAACAGGAUGCAGGGGGGGCGCUGGGUCUGCGAUUCCUUCCAUGACGAAGAGACCCAUGUUGUCAUCCAGUACAUGCUGGAGCUUGUGUUGGGGUUUGUUAUACCCUACAGCAUCAUUGUAGGCAGCUACAUCUGCAUCCUGCAGCGCAUCCGACAGACCAAGUUCCGCCGUCGGGUCCGCAGUGAGAAGCUCAUCCUGGCCAUCGUGGUGACCUUCUGCCUGUUUUGGCUGCCUUAUCAUCUCAUCAACAUGGUGCAAAUUACUGAGGCUUUGUGUCCAGAGGGUCCAGCAAAAGACUUGCUGAAGAAAAUAUGGCACCGGAGCCGAGCUGUCACUUCAUCUUUGGCGUUUAUCAGCAGUUGUGCCAACCCAGUGCUGUACACGUUUGCAGGAAAGUCCUACAUCCGCCGGGAAGGGCUGGCGUUCAUGGCCCGUUUGUUUGAGGGCACGGCUCUGGAGUCAGGGACGAGGAAAAGCCGCCAGAACAGCCAGAACAGUCGGGAAAAAGAUAAAGAUGCAGACAGCGUCAUGCUUAAGGACAGAGACACAGAGUCUGUUAUAAACAUGAACUGUGUCAUCAAACCAGUGAAGAAUGGCAAGUAGAGCGCGCCACAGGCCUUUCAAGUGAUACAGUCCCAAGAGUUUCCAAGGACCUUUCAAAAGAUGUGCACAAAAUGUGACGGUGAAUGUUGGAGACAUUCAAGACGGUAACGCCUCACAAAAACCUAGUUUGUUAAACUGAUACAUUGUUCGGACAACACCAAUCACGUUAACUCAGGGUCGCUUCCUUUUCCCAAGAAACAAAGCUCAUUUUAUUUCAACAGCUGCCCUUAAAACUAAAAGGUGGCGCUAUGUUUACUGUACAUUUUUACUGAUAUGCCAC